AUGUUAUCAGUUAUCUUGUAUAUCAUGCAUCUACCACAGUAUGAAUCAUCGUUCCUCUGGCACUUUUUCUGUAAAUGGUUUCCUGAGUGGUGCACUGAUGAUGCAAAUCAAUUGGUGGCCACUGUUUUAAAGGUUGCUGCCAACGGUGGGUCGAGCUCUGGUGGAGGUGAAUCGAGGUCUGAGGGGGAAUCAAUGACACUCUUUGCCUAA